AUGGCUCGUACCAAGCAAACCGCGCGUAAGUCGACCGGAGGAAAGGCUCCAAGAAAGCAAUUGGCGACCAAAGCGGCUCGCAAGUCUGCUCCAACCACCGGUGGAGUCAAGAAGCCACAUCGUUACCGUCCAGGAACCGUCGCUCUUCGUGAGAUUCGUCGUUACCAGAAAUCGACCGAAUUGCUCAUCCGCAAACUUCCAUUCCAACGUCUCGUUCGUGAGAUUGCUCAGGACUUCAAGACCGAUCUCCGCUUCCAGUCUGCUGCUAUCGGAGCUCUUCAGGAGGCAUCUGAGGCCUACCUCGUCGGUCUCUUCGAAGACACCAACUUGUGUGCCAUCCACGCCAAACGCGUCACCAUCAUGCCAAAGGACAUGCAACUCGCUCGUCGCAUCCGUGGAGAGCGCGCCUAA